AUGUGUGGUAGGGCUCGAUGUACUUUGAGACCUGAAGAUGUCCCAAGGGCUUCUCACCGCCAUGGCGUUUCUACACGUUUUCUUCACCUCGACCGUUAUCGUCCUUCUUACAAUGUUGCUCCUGGAUCUUACAUACCGGUUUUGAGAAGAGACAGCGAAGUUGUUGGUGAUGGUGGUGUUACUGUUGAGUGUAUGAAAUGGGGAUUAGUCCCUAGUUUCACUAAGAAAACUGAUAAGCCUGACUUCUUCAAAAUGUUCAAUGCUCGGUCUGAAUCCGUAGAUGAAAAACCAUCUUUUCGCCGAUUGCUUCCAAAGAAUAGGUGUCUUGUUGCAGUUGAUGGGUUCUAUGAGUGGAAAAAGGAAGGUUCGAAAAAGCAACCAUACUACAUCCAUUUUAAAGAUGGGAGGCCUCUUGUCUUUGCUGCUCUUUUUGAUUCUUGGCACAAUUCAGGAGGAGAGACACUUUACACCUUCACGAUUUUGACAACCUGUUCCUCGUCGUCCCUCAAGUGGCUCCAUGACAGAAUGCCAGUAAUCCUAGGUGACAAGGAUUCAGUAGACACAUGGUUAGAUGAUCCAACAACUCAGAAACUGAAGCCAUUACUUACACCAUAUGAGAACUCUGAUUUGGUUUGGUAUCCAGUAACCUCUGCAAUUGGUAAACUAUCUUUUGAUGGACCAGAGUGUAUACAACAGAUACCGCUAAAGUCUUCACAAAACAGCUUGAUCUCCAAGUUUUUCUCAACAGCAGAGAAACUAGACAAAGAAACCAAAUCGGCAUAUGUGAAAGAGGAACCUACGGUUGAAGAAGUAGAUGAAGAGAAAGAUAGAUCGAACGAAGCCAAGAAUCUUGGUUUUCAAAAGAUUGUGAACGCAGAACCGGUUCUUGAAGAUAACUCAGCUGUUGCAUCAUCCCAUCUUGAAUCUGUGAAGAGUGAAGUAGUUCAGGGGAAUGCAAAUGGAGAAGGGAAAUCUACUAAAGAAACUGGUGAAAGCAAUGACAUCAUACCGACUGAGACCGAGACUCAAGGCCAUGGCUUUACUACAAUUGAGGAAUUGAAGCAGCUUGAGCACCAGCAAGAGGCUGUUGAAGAUAAACCAGGGAAUGAAAACCAGAAGACUUGCCAGACCAAGAAGGAAGGUGACUUAGAGUUUAGCAAGAACUCUUCAGGAAAGAGUGGGACAAAGAGAGACUAUGAGGUGUUCUCAGCUGAGAAGCCAUUGAAACAAGGAAAGAAGCAAGGAAAAGGGAAUAAGGCUAACAAGAUAAAGAAAUCUAAUGAGACGCAGUCUACAUUACAUUUCUUUUUCGAUGGGAAAUAA